AUGUCGUCGCGUCCUUUUUCCGUUACACUUUCUGAAGACGACCUACGACCACACAUGAGAAAACCGAAAUCGUCGGGAAUCUCGUCUGAUAUUCAAAUUCUGGAUUUGACUCAAAAAUAUGAGGAACGUGACGCGAAAAAAUCCGAAAUCCGCAAGAAAUUGAUCGAAGAGGAGCGAAUCAAAGAGGAGAAUCGCAAGAAAGGUGAAAUGAGACGCGAGUUGGAAGAGAUGUGGAAAGAGGCGAGCGCAGUCGAUCGCAUACGGACACCAAUCGACGGGAAAUCAAACGACGGAAUGCGGAAUAACAGCAACGAUGUGAAGCCGAAAGUAAAUUAA